AUGAGAAGAGGGAAUCACCGAACGAAAGCAGCGGAAACCCUAAAGAAGAAGAGCGGUGGAUUCACGACGAAUCCUGAUCCUUCCACCUCUCGAGAGUUGAAACGCAAGAGAAAUGUGAGUUUCGUCGAUGUAGAUCCUCAUCGGAAUCAUUCCCCAACCGGACCAUCCAAGACCUCAGAGUUUGCCUUCUUUAACAAGUUAAAGUCUAGUUUUGGCCUCUCCUCUGAAUCCAAAUGUUCAAACGAAGUGAGACAAAAUCCGAAAGCUUUUGAAUCCAGAAGCAAACCAGGAGGAACAACAGACCCCGAAGCUAAAGAUAUAGGCAAUACUACUUGUAACUUCUCCACUCCCAUUUGUAAUGCUAGGCGUGGUUCACCUCUCAACUUGCCUCCAAAGGAUAAAGAGAAAGAACAUGGGAAAUGUUCUUUAGGAUUCAGUAGAGAUAAGGACACAGUUCGAAGUGGUAACAGCAACCUGACAUGUGGAGGAGGAAGCAGUGAUGAGAUGGAAGACUUUUUCUCUCUCAAGAGGAAGAGACUGAAUCAGUGGGUCAAACAUACUUGGUUUCCUCAAAUCAUCCCCCACCUUUCCUCAAACGGGGGCGAUUUAGUUUCUCUUCUCUUAACUCGGCUGUUCCCUCCAACCGAGGAGAGUCAUCUAUCUAGGUUUUCCAAGGAGAGGACAGAUAGAGUCAACAGAAGAACGUUUCUUAAUUCUCCUGGAUCGAAGUUUCUCAAGAGGCCCCAUGAAAGCUAUACAGACGGUGGCCAUAGACUGCAAACGGAGAGGAACAAAUCGAUAUCUUGUCGGAGAUGGCUGGAAAAUAGCAUCGUACCGAGUCAUGUUCACGACAGUUUAAUCCCAAGAGCUCCUGAAGACUUUAGCUUUUCCAUUUCAUAUCCUAAAGAGUUGGUGUAUAGACCUCCACUGUUGACACAGAAGGCGUCGUUUCCUUUUGAAGAAACUCUGGACUCUAGUCUCCAUUUCAGAAACUACAAGUCUCUUUCACUGGGUUAUCAUGGAGAAGAAAUUGGAUACAGCUCAGAGGCCUUAUCACAUGAUCACAAGGAGCCUUCAUCUGCAUUACUUCUCGAGUGGAACACUGAAAACACAAGCACCAGAGAGACAGAUGAUUUGCCACUAAGCUAUCACACAAAACUCAUCACGUAUCCAAAUGCAUCAUCAUCAUCUUUGGCUGAUAGUCCAUGGAGCUCUGACUAUUCUUCAUCCCAUGAUGUUGUUACGAGGGAGCUGUACCCUAUACCUCUGCUCUCUGAUUACUCUUCUGGCAGUUUCCUCUUACCAACAACAAACGAAACCAGCCAUUCUGAGCAUGAAUUCGAGAGGCAUAUGAUUGAUGACGAAGAUGUAGUUGCUGAUCUCCAGACAUUUCAUCACGCAAAUAGCUCAUCAGAUUGUUUAACAAGAGGCUACACAUACUAUCAUAGUCAUUCCAGCUCUCCGUUUCCUUUCCGUUUUCGAGCAUCAGCAAUUCAGAUUUGUUGGAAGCGGAAAGUCCAACUCAAAGCGAUCAGUGGUGGAUAUGAGUUUAGAGGAGCUGCUAAAGAACUACUUCAAACGAGUUUGGUUGCCACAG